CCUAAGCUGGGAGACAACGGGUGAAAAGCUUAGGUCCUACUUUGAGAACUUUGGGUCAGUUCGCGAGGCUUUCGUUUCUUACAACCGCAACAAUGGACGCCCUAGAGGCUUUGGCUUCGUGGUCUUUGAGAGUCCGGAAGUUGCGGACAAGGUGGUGGCGAACAAGCACAUGAUUGACCGGCGAGAGGUUGAGGCCAAAAAGGCUGUGCCCAAAGAGGAGGCGCCGGAGGAUAAGCAGCAGGGCUCUGUGCCACAGCGGACCAAGAAAAUUUUCGUGGGCGGCCUAGCGCCUAGUGUGGACGAAGCGCAGCUGCGAGCCCAUUUCAGCACCUUUGGAACCGUUGAAGAUGCAGUGGUUAUGUAUGACCACGAGAACAAGAGGCCUCGCGGCUUCGGCUUCGUCACUUUCGCCGAGGAGGACGCUGUUGAGCGCGUUUUCAGCCAUGGCGCGGUCCAGACCAUUGCCGACAAGCCUAUUGAGGUCAAAGCAGCAGUUCCACGGGACCAAAUGCCUCCUAAUCCUCGUAUGCAUAGCACCUACUACGGACAGCCGCCGCAUCACCGCGGCGGCCCAGCUCAAGGCUACCCUGCCGGUCCGCAUCGGGGCCCCAAUUUCGCCGGCCCUCCACCCUAUGGACCGCCUGGCCCUGCCUAUCCUCCUCCAUACAGCAACUACGGAAGGCCAUUUAACGGACGCGCAGCAGCCAACAACUACGGGGUCUACAACCCUCGCAGCCCUGGUCCCGGUCCCGGCCCUCGCCAGCCGCCCGCGCCCGCUCCAGCAGGACCGUUGGGACCCAAUCCUUACGGCAACUAUCCACAGCAACGCUUCGCCCAAGGUCAAGGAGCCCAGGCGGGCAGCCCAGGCAACGCAGCUUCGUCCAAGGUGCCGGCGAUGCCAACCUACGAUGUUUACGGCGGAGUCAACGGGGUCAGCAACGCGGCUAUGCUUUCUUCUCUCUAUAACAUUGCUGGGCUUCAACUUCCUAAUGGCUUGCCGGCCGCAGCAGCGGCUGCGGCCGCGGUCAACCCGAAGCAGCUCAAUUCGCUUAACCAUCAGCUCAAGGCCCUUAACAUUGCCGCUAACUUCGCCAACUUCGCCAACCAGCCCGAUGCUACUUACCAGGACGAAGCAGCUGCAGCAGCUGCGUACGCAGCAACGCACGAAGACUUCGCCGCGACGGCAGAGGCGAUGCAGGGUCUCAAUGGCUUGGCCGGCGUUAACCCCGCGGACUUCAACUCGUUGCACGAGGCCGGCUUUACAACAGCGCCGGCGCCCGGUUGGUCCAGCUAGCAGUAAUUGCCUGACCACCUGCGCAGCGCAGGAUCCAUCGCCGCUAUUGGCACUGAGACAUGUGCAGUCAACCGACAAGACCUGACAACGACCGAAGACCUUCUAGGCUACGAACUGACUACCUUCUUCUUGGACAAGACCUUUACUACGUUUUACGACGACGGGCGACGGACACUUGCAAGGCCAGUUGAUGUGUACCAUACCUGACGGCGCCUUGAAGACACCUUGACGCAUCUGACCAAGUUCCCCGCUCACGAGUGCCCCCCUCGUUGGCGGCGAUUAUCGACCUUCAUCGACCGCACUUGACCUGUCAUUGUGUGUGGGGGACAGGAAGUUGCAGAUGCCUUUUGAGCGAAGAGUGAUAGUUGUUGGGCGGGCAAUGUUCCGUUACGAUGCACAUUGCCAUAUUAGGUCAGUUCAGCAGUUAGAUCAGGCUUAGUGUAUACAUGGCGCCAGCGUGCGGGGCGCUCAGGGUAUGUGUGGACUGUGCUUUCUGAGGCGCACGUAGCACAGGGUACAGGGUCGUAACUUGUACAGCUUCUUAUCAUGUUUGUUUGUUGAUACAUACCACCAGGUUUAGGGAGUUAGGACCAGAACUGUCGUGUGUGUUUUACGGUGGUGGAAGCACAGGCGAGAUGCCAGGCAGAUACAGGUUAUACAUGAGCACAUAAAUACCGCAUAUUAGGACGCUGUGAAGCUGUUGUUGGGUAUCGUCUGCAGACAAUAAGACGUUUGCUAUUGAGACUACGGGUGCCUCCUGGACGACUUUGGAUUAAUCAAUAUUGCCAAGCAUGUUGGCUGCCCCUAUAUGAGCAACGUAUAGCGUGCUCCCCUUUGCAAGAUCUCUUUCACUUUG